CGCGCCGCGGCCGCCAUGGACCGUCACCGCUCCCUCUACUCUCCCACCGAAAACUCGACGACCCGUCACGCUGGAAACGGGCCCCCAAAAAGAGGCAGAGGCCCCACACAGGCGUGGGCCGAGAUAGCGGGCCCUGACAGGCGGGGCCCAAAUGGGGAAGAGACGUAUCUUCCUUUUUAUCGCGAGACCUCGUCUCCUCCCCCAUUUCGCAUCCUUUCCGUUCAAAACAGGAAGCGCAGGGGAGACGGGGAGGAGGAGGAGGACUGGAGGAGGCGCCGAGCGAAGAAGAAAAAAAUCGAGUGCGCGGGCCGGCGGCGCGGCGCGGCGCGGCGGCCGCCUCCUCCGCUCGUCCGGUCGAGCUCGGUUCGUCGGUCUCAGGUCGAUUCGGGAGCUGAAGGGAGCAUGAGUACUCCUAACGGCACACGGCGUGCCUCACGAAGGCAAUCACAAGAUGCCGAUAAGGUUGUCGUGAACCUGGUCACAAGCCCCCCAGCGGCGGGCAGCCGACGUGGAGUAUCAGCCUCUAACGCUGGCGCGCGCACCUCACCCAUCGAUGUGGAAGCGCUCGAGGAUGAAGUGCAGGUCGUGUCAGCUUCGCAAGUGCCUCAGAGGACGAACCGGAGAACUAGGAGGCAGCCUGUGACAGUAGUUGAUCUAGAGGCACAUGUUACCCGGGAAGGAGUUACUCAUGAUGAUAAUGCAACAGUGCUUUCUCAUAACACAAGGAACAAACGGCAAAGAGUUGCACCUGUAGUAAACAUCUCUCCAGAAACAGGAGAAGGAUCCAGCUUACAGUCAAAAAGUGCGGGGAAAACUAGCAAAGAGCCUGUGAAGGUGACUCCAAAGGAACCCAUCUUCACCUGCCCGGUGUGUUGGAACAAGCUGGACGAGCCCGCCACAACAAUGUGCGGCCACAUCUUCUGCACAAACUGCAUCAAGCAAGCCAUUCAGUUCCAGAAGAAAUGCCCUACCUGCCGGAAGCACCUGAAGAUGAACAACUUCCACCGCAUUUACCUUCCUAACACCGCUCGUUAAGGAGUCCUCCCAGGGAGAACCAUGGUGGAUCUUCUGCUGAGGAGCAUUGUUGUACCAUCAUCACCUAGAUGAAUGUAUGGAAAUGGGUCGGUAGGAAUUCAGCGUCCUGAUGACCGGAGUGGAUAACCUUCUGCCUGAAAUGGGUUAACCUGACAAACAGAGUGCUGCCUGAAAUGGGUUAACAAAUUUGCAUGUAGCCUUCCAUUAUAUAUUUUUUGUGGCAACAUAAAAAUGUUGAUGUAUUAGGCUAUUAGCCUUGCACGGUUGCACCCUUCUCCAUAGUUGCUCGAUGUAACUGCGGUUGAAAUAAUAUUUGGUGCUUCUUUA